GGAACUGAAGAGGUUGGGGGUUUAGGCGUUGUUUGCUGCAUUGCGCGAGAGAGAAACAAGAACAAGGUGGGGAUUGAAAUGAAGGGAGGGAGGAAGAAGAGCGAUGCUGCUGCAAAUGAUGAGCAGAUUCAGCUCGCUCUACAAAACAAGACGGAGACGGGAAUGGGAAUGAGAAUGGGAGGGGAUCACCAAACCCUUGUGACUGUCCCUCACUCUAACUCUCCCAACCUCGAUGACGGCUUCUACGAAAUUGAGGCCAUUCGCCGUAAGAGGAUGCGCAAGGGUGAACUCCAGUACCUUAUCAAAUGGCGGGGAUGGCCCGAGACUGCCAACACAUGGGAGCCUCUUGACAAUCUCCAGUCAGUUCCGGAGGUCAUCGAUGCUUUUGAGGACUGCCUGAGAUCUGGAAAACAGCGGAGGCGCAAACGCAAGCACGUUGAUCACCACACACAUCCCAAGAAGAGGCACCACCGCUCCGCCACUUCUUACACCCUUAGACGCUUCCCUACUCCCGCAGCUGACCACCAUUUGGAACCGGAACCUGAACCUCUUGCAGUUGCAGGCCCUCUUCCUCCCGAUCUUCCAGCCAAUCCUCAGACGGUUGUCUUUGCUGACGAAUCGGAAACUAACACUGAUGGCAGCAGGGCGCAACCACCCAAUCAAAAUGGGUUUGCGGUUGCUUCCGGCCAAAUUAUUCUGAGGAGUCAGGAAAAUGACUACGAUCCAAAGCUCAGUGAACUUCGAGCAACAACAAACAAUGGGGUUGAUGCAGAUAAUCUUGCACCUCAUGUUCAACUAGUAAAUGCCUCCGCAGGAAAUGGUCAUCCAGCUGGUGAUUUGAAGGUGAAUUCCAUGGACCCACCUCAAAGUGACCGCUGCAGAGGCGCAAAAAGGAGGAAAUCAGGAUCUGUGAAGCGAUUCAAGUGUCCAUCUGAGGCUGUUGAUACUCAGAAGUCAUUCAGUGCGUUUGGAACUCAUGGUAGGAAUUGCAAUGUAGGGAAUAUUGUCAAGAUUAUAAAGCCAAUAGGCUAUUCAGCUUCAUUGUCUGGCAACACACAGGAUAUCUUGGUGACCUUUAUUGCUGUGAGGUGCGACGGAGCAGAAGUUUUGGUGGAUAACAAAUAUCUAAAGGAACACAAUCCCCUCCUGCUGAUCAAUUACUAUGAGCAGCAUCUCCGGUACAUUCCAUGAUUGAACAUGUUUAAGGGACUUGUGCAGUUAGAUAUUCCAGUCUUUGCUGUUCAGUGGUAUAGAAAGAAUGUAUUUAUAGAGGCACUAGCUAGUUAAAGGCCGGUUACUGUAUAACAACAGUUAGACCAAUUGCUAACGUGCUUGUAUGACAAGUGUGUUAACAUGAGCAUGACUAGGAAAUCGUAGUUUUCUCUUUAGAAACCUGUUCCUACACCCUGUUAUAACUUAUAACCGCUUUGCACAUAUUGGGUUUUUUGCAAUUUAAAUUUAAUUUGGUGUGUGGAUGGACUGAAAUUUGUGAAA